AAUGCUAAAUGACGAAAAAAACUGUCUUGAUGAAAGCGAUGAAAAACAAGACUACUCUAGAAAUUUAGUUUGCUCUAAAGAACAUAUUUUAUGCAAUCAACAAUGUGUUCCAAAGCAUUUAAAGUGUGACCUAAAUCAAGAUUGCAAAUACGGUACUGAUGAGAAAGAUUGCCAGUAUUAUAAUCAAGAUCAGUGUAAAGAAAGUAUAAAAAGAAUAGAAACUAAACCGUGCUACAUCGAAUACAACUCUAUGGGACGAAUGAUCUCAAAGAUACAUAUACCACUAACAACAAUUAGGAAUUGUAGCGCUGAGAUUGUUUGUGAAAUGGGAUAUUACCAAUGCCAAUCAGUCUAUUAUUGUAUUUCAAUUGAACAAGUUUGCGAUAAUGUUCCUCAUUGUCCGAAUGGAGACGAUGAAAUAGGAUGUAGUUAG